GGGUCGCGGCAACUUCCCAGUCGCGGCGACUCGGGAGGACCUCCACCACCUCCUCCUGCUGCUCCUGCUGCUGCAGCUCCUGCUGCUCGUCGUCUCGGGCAACAGGAAUCGGAUCGGGCUGGGGCGACUGAUGAUGAUGAUGAUGAUCGGAUCUCCUCGCUCCGCAUGACUCUGAUGACGACGAUGAUGCUGAUCUUGUGCUGAUGAUGGUGCUGAUGAUGAUGCUGCUGAUGGUGCUGAUGAUGAUGAUUCCUGGCCAAGCGUUGCGCGCUUGUUGACUUCCGCCCUUGAGCCGGCUGGCUGCGUCUCCCGACCGACCGCUUUGAUAGCAACCCCCGGUUCAUCCUGCGGAGCCCGCUCGGUCUGACCAUGAGCGGAGGUGGAGGUGGCGGAGGAGGAGGUGGUGGAGGUGGUGGCGGUGGGACGAUGCACGGCGCCGGGGUGGACAAGCAGGGACCUUUCUCGGGCGUCGACCCCGGGGGGGUCAACCUGCAGGCGCCCAAGAACUUCUCCGUGAGCCACCUGCUGGACCUGGAGGAGGCGGCGGGGGCGCUGCGCAGGGUCCAGCAGCCCCCCCCGGGGUCGAGGGGGGCCGCGCACGACGAGGACGAAGUGGGGGGGGCUCGGGGCGUCGCCUGCGCGAGGCAGAUGGAGCUGGGGGGCCUGAGCAGCGGCAGCGACACGGCGCAGCCGGAGGGUGAGGCCCUGGGCUCGGAGCAGGCCAAGAGGCGACGCAAGCAGCGGCGGAACCGCACGACGUUCAACAGCGCGCAGCUCGCGGCGCUGGAGCGCGUGUUCGAGCGCACGCACUACCCGGACGCAUUCGUGCGCGAGGAGCUGGCGCGGCGCGUCAACCUCAGCGAGGCGCGCGUGCAGGUGUGGUUCCAGAACCGCCGCGCCAAGUUCCGGCGGAACGAGCGCGCGCUGCUGGCCACGCGCAGCGCAGGCCGCGUGUUUGCCGCGAGCGGCGAGGCCGCCGUCGAGCAGCCGAUGGCCGCCCGGCCUGCGCCCCUCGCGGCGCCCGACUUCCUCUCCUGGCCUCCCGCCUCGGCCGCAUCCUACGGGGCCAUGUCCGCGUACAGCUCUGGCGGCGCGGUCAGCGGCCCGGGCCCUGGGGUGCACAUGGCGAGCAGCAUCGCGAGCCUGCGCCUCAAGGCCAAGGAGUACAGCCUGCAGCGCAACCAGGUGUCCACCGUCAACUGACAGCGCGCCGGGCGGACGACCGGGCUGCUGGGGAAACUGGGGGACAGACAGAUGGACAACCGGGAGGGCACAUGGACAAUUGAGAAGACAGACACAGACAGAGACAGGCAGCCAAACAAGCAGGUGGACAAUUACUUUGACAGCCACACCAACCAGGCAACCAAGAACAUUACGGAUGGACAGGUGGACAACUGGGUGAUCACGUGUCCAAUCAAGUGUCAGAGACACUGGGUGACCACGUGUUCAAUCAAGUGUCAGAGACACUGGGUGACCACGUGUCCAAUCAAGUGUCAGAGACACUGGGUGACCACGUGUCCAAUCAAGUAUCAGAGACACUGGGUGACCACGUGUCCAAUCAAGUGUCAGAGACACUGGGUGACCACGUGUCCAAUCAAGUGUCAGAGACACUGGGUGACCACGUGUCCAAUCAAGUGUCAGAGACACUGGGUGACCACGUGUCCAAUCAAUUGUCAGAGACACUGGGUGACCACGUGUCCAAUCAAGUGUCAGAGACACUGGGUGACCACGUGUCCAAUCAAGUGUCAGAGACACUGGGUGACCACGUGUCCAAUCAAGUGUCAGAGACACUGGGUGACCAGGGGACAACCAGGGAGACAGGUGGACAACUGGGGAGCUAAACGAGCAGGUGUCUACCAUCAGCUGACGACAACACCAGACAAGCAAGCAACCGGCAACUAGGAAACCGGGCAACCGAGCUACCAGGGGUCAACUCGGAGGACAACCGGACAGACAGGCAGCCAAGCAACCAGGCAACCAGGCAACAGGUGCCCACUAAGCUACCAAGCAACCAGGAAACUCCCCAUGCAGUCAGCCAUCCAGCCAGCCAACCUCCUAUCCCACCAGUCAUGCAUCCACCCAUGGGGUGGAGUGGACGGCCAGAGGAGAUUCGUUAGAGAAUUAAGGAGUCUCUGUGUGAGUCUGCGGGUCUCCAUGUGAGUCCAUGUGUCUCUGUGUGAGUCUGUGACUGGGGGAAAGAGUGUCCCAUCCCUCACAUUAUCGAUUGUCGUUGCCCAACCACGCACACUUUAGUAAUCCGGCCAAGGAAUGGAAUGCGUUCGAGGGGACGUUCACCGAGGAAACGGAGCGACGAAAUCAGUCCGUGGUGAGGUGCUCAAUGGAUUGCUGCAUCGUGAGGAUGGUGAGAGGCGGUGAUGGCUUGAGCAGGCCUUCAUCCGGCAGAGGACACAACAUGGCCGAUGAUGACAACGACAUAGAAGCCCUCAUGGCAAACCCAACGCACAACCUGACGGGAAUGCGAUCCCUUCCGUCCGGUGCCACACCAAGUCGAGAGGAGAUGAGUUGAGUGCGCUGAUGGGGGCGCCUCUGUCUCGCCUGCAGAGGGAAGGAGCCGCCCACCCCCCUCCCGGACACGCAGAGGGACCCCGAGAAAUCUCUGCGCCCCCCCCCCCCCCCAAGAGUCCCUAAGACGCCCCCUCUCUGAGGUUUCAACAAAGUCCAGGCGAGCUCCACCGAGAAGAGGACCAUGUACAGAUGUUUACUCCGUACUAUUGAUUUAACUCUUGAUGCUGUUGUUUAUUGUUGUUUAUGAUGAAUAUUUUUGUAUGACUUGACCUUUAAUAAGAAACUCAAAGCUGACCCUCACUUGUGAUGAUGAUAGUGAAGAUGAUCAUGGUACUUGUGAUGAUGAUAGUGAAGAUGAUCAUGGUACUUGUGAUGAUGAUAGUGAAGAUGAUCAUGGUACUUGUGAUGAUGAUAGUGAAGAUGAUCAUGGUACUUGUGAUGAUGAUAGUGAAGAUGAUCAUGGUGCUUGUGAUGAUGAUAGUGAAGAUGAUGAUGGUACUUGUGAUGAUGACAGUGAAGAUGACCAUGGUGCUUGUGAUGAUGAUAGUGAAGAUGAUCAUGGUACUUGUGAUGAUGAUAGUGAAGAUGAUCAUGGUGCUUGUGAUGAUGAUAGUGAAGAUGAUAAUGGUGCUUGUGAUGAUGACCCUGAUGAUACCUGUCAUGGUGUGUGUAAUGAUGAUAUCGGUGAUAAUGAUGAUGUAUGUGAUGUCAUUGUUAAUUAUGCUAAUGUAUGUGAUAAUGCGGUAGUAAUGAUGAUGAUGAUGUCUUAUAAUAAUGGUGACGCAUGUGAUGAUGAUGAUAACUGUGAUGAUGCUGCUGAUGUAUCUGAUGAGGAUGUAUGCUGAUGAUGUUCGUGACGAUAUCUGUGAAGGUGAUGUAUGUGAUGUAUGUGAUGUUUCAUAAUGAUGAUGGCAAUAAGCGGGGUGAUGACGGUGCCCGUGAUGAUGAUGAUCUCGAUGGGUUACAGCCCGUUCUCUCCGUCCGCGGUGUAACGGCGCUGUACACGUGAGGUGAAGCCAAUAAAGUCCCUACAUUACGCCUUA